UAGAAGAUUUAAAAUUGUUUACAUUUUAUGAAUUUCAGAUAAAAAUGUUAGUUACAAGAAAAUGUCUUCUGAUGGGCUGCCAGUGUUAAAUGCAAACGCUUUGCCGUCACAUGGUCCUGAAUGCCUUAGGUUGGAGGGUGAGUUGAGUGGUAGAUUUGCCCAUCUGUAAAUCAACCCACAAAAAUAGUGUAGCAGAAACUGAAUUUAAAGAUGAAACAAUGAAUCAUUGUGAUGAUGAGCAUCCUCGUCAGGGGAUAUUUACAGACAAAGCACAUGCAAACAACAAAGUCGGAAUUGAUUCACCAGCAAGCUUGUCGGAUGAUUUAGUUACUACUACUACUUCCAGGAUUUCUGGACAUCCUGAUGCCAGCUCUGAUACAAAAUUAAUCCAUGAGUGUAGAGAUCGAGCUGAAAAGGGGAAAAGUGGGGUAAUGGACAACAUUGCAGAAAAGACAAACCAUCAGAGGAACAAUGUGAUACCUCAGCAUGAUCCAUACUGCUCAUCAGAUAUUGUAGCUGUUGUGGAUGUCAAUGGGGAGAUUGCUCUUCCAACAGUUGGUGUAGUCUCUGAGCAUAGUACAGCAAUGGCUACUACUGAGCAGAUUGAUGAAGUAGAAAAUGUGUUUGAAAAAAGCAGCACCGACUUUGAUGCAGAUACAAACUUAUCACUAUCUGAUCAAAGACCAAAUCUGUUUUCUACAGAUUAUCUGAAAGAAAAUCCACAUGUUGAAUCUUUCCAGUUAAAACAAGAAGUUAAUGAAGCUCAAUGUGAGGGCAUUAAUCAUGUUGAAAUCACCCAGCAAGGUUCUGAUGGAGAUCUCUUGCCAGAAUAUUCACAUAUUGAGUCAUUUUCAAAGGAUUUAAUCCAGAAUAAAUCACAUAGGAUAGCCAUCAAACUAGAGAAAUUAGAUGACAAUAAUUCUGAAAGAAAUAUCUUUGCUUCAGUUAGUGAUAACACCACACCUCAUCUUGACAUAGACUGUAUACCUCCUCUGCCACGUUUGCAGAGAUCGCCAUUUGUAUGUUUGGAGCCAUUGCCAAUGGAUGAUGCAGUACAAAGCAUGAGCAGUAAUAGUGGCUGUAAUAUAAAAAUAAAUGACAUAAAAAAGGCAACAUUCACUAAAUUCCGCAAAAUAUGUUUACCUCAAAUCCCCAAAAUAAAAUUGGAACAGACAGAGCAAACUGAAAUUGAUUACUCUGAGGAUUCUUCAAUUAGAAAUAUUUUUGAUGUGUUCAACACAGAUCAGGAAAUGCAAACAGAACACUGUGAUGUUGAUGUGAAACCAAUUCUAUCUGCAUGUGAGAAAAAAAUUAAUGUCGGGAAAAGGAAGCGUGUGACUUAUUCAACUUUAAAGGAAUUUAAAGAUAAAUAUCCAGACUUGUACAAAGAACAAACUGGCCCUGGUACUUCCAAAAAUGUCAAUUUUUCAUCAGACAGUUCUAACCCGAAGUCAGUUGAAACAGUUCCUGUCGUUUUAAACAAUGUUUCUGUGAAGUUGGAACCAAUAGAUCUCCCACAAGGAAUAACAAUGGCCGAUAAAAGCUACAAUAUUGGUGGUUGCUCUACAAGUGAACUAAAUGAGAUAAUGGAUACAAGUAAUUAUGACUAUAAUAACAUCCAGUCCUAUGGAACAGGAAGACUUUUUACUAGAAAUAAUAGCAGUGAAGAUUAUGUUCCAGAUUUUGAUGAAAUUGAUGAUAUAAUGUUCAUUUCUUUUUGUACUCAAGACUCGCUGGAAGCACAUGUUGAAAUUGAGAAACAGACUCAGCAACCAAGAAAUAAACAUAAAGACUUACUUGAAGACAUCUCGCAUUUCAAAACCAAUUCAUCUAAAUCAAAACAAAAGCAAAAGAAAAAGAAAGCAAAACGAGGUGCAGGUGUCAACCAUGGUUUCAGAGGCAUCAACAAUAAAAUAUUGCUAUAUGAACGUAUGCUCUGUGAGGAACUGAGUAAGAAGAAGCACCACCAAACUAUACAUCCAGACCUGAAGAAAGCAGGAAUAACUCGCCUUAGCCAGUCACCAGCUAAACGCUAUAACCUAGCUGAACUGGGUGUGAAUUUAGAUCCACCAAAGUUAACAAAUUUGAACCAAAUUGUACCUCCAGCUAAUAGUAAGGCUAAAUCAACUUGUAGAAAAAAGUCAUCAAAGUCAUUCAAACACAAGAAAGUUUCUAAUGUAGAUGUAUUAUCAUCUAAACAGUUACCAGUUAAAAAUCAAUCAAAGCCUCCUGACAAUGACUUUAGUGAGGAAAAUGACCCAACAUCUAUACACCACCCUUCAUUGACAGCAGAUCCUGAUAAAUGGAGACUACCAGAGUCUGAGAGCAAACCUUUUAAACCAUUUGAGCUGCCAGUCACAUCCAAGACUUCUGCGUUUGUAAGCAAGGAACUUGAUGAAUAUCUUGAUAAACUACAAAAUAGAAGUUCUAUUUUAACAGAUUCUACCCUUACAAUAAAGCCAGUUUCUUACUUUCAGCCAGACAAGCCGCAGAGUUAUGUGCGAACCCUUGACAUGGUAUUGAAGAGAAGAAAUAAAAAUAAUCAAUUCUCAAAAACAGAACCACCAUCUCAGUGUGAUUCACUUGUUUAUCCAUCAACUGCAGAUUGUGGUGAGACUUUCAAGAGCAAGCCAACACAUCAGAAAUUGGGUUCCAAGAAAAAGACGAAGAAGGUAAAAAAGAAAACAAAAGCUGUUCCCAAAAAAGUUUGCCAUGAGGAUAGUGAUGAUUCUGUAGACUCCAUGGACCGCAUGCAACAGGAACUCCUUCAACAAGUUACUUGUACAUCACCAGUUGAUACUGCAUCCGAGAGUUCUGACUUUGGUUUGAUGCAGGAUUUAGAUGAACAUUUCUCUGAUGAUUUGAAUAAUGAUGAUGAUAUCCAUGGCUUUGAUGUACACAAAUCAAAUUUGGACAAUCAAGCACUUCCGGACUGCGGUAAAGACUACUGUAAACUUGGUUGCCUAUGCAGAAGCAUUGAUGGAAGUAAAAAAGUUGAAACCGGUAUAUCUCACUGUAGAAAGGUAAAUUGUAUGUUUGGUUGCACCUGUGACUUCCAAGAAUCAACCUCAAUAAAAUCAGGCCAAGGCCACCCAAUGUAUACAUUCCAAGGAGAAUCAGGACAACAGGUAACUUCUCUUGGCACUAAAGAUUCUAGUAAUAAAUUUGAGAUCAUUCUGUCUCAGAACAGUUCAUCUAACUUAACACGCUAUGAAACAUGUGCAAGGACACGGACAUACAUAAGUAGGCCAAGAAAAAAACAUUGCUCAUGUGUAAACCGAGGAUACCAUGCCCAUGACAGCCUUAAGGAAAAUCAACAAAAACAGGAGACAGUUCCUGUCAUUGUCUACCGAAUUCCUCAGGAGAAUGGAUCCAGUCACCUUGUUGCUGUGCCAGCUCAAAUGAGGAAAGAACCGAAAACUGCAUCAGAAAAGCUUGCUCAAGCAAAAAAACUUGAAAGUCAAAACACAGUAACUUCUUCACUUGUUGUUUCACAAGAUAAAGUCCAAGGUUUCAUGCUUGCACCACUUAUUGCUGUACCUACACCAGUCCCUGAACAAAACCUACCUGUACAAGCAAAAUCGACAGGCACACCAAAAAAGAAGAAAAGAAGUAAACCUAAACAAAAUAAACAAAUACCUACCAGUAAUACAGAUAGUAUCAAACAAUUUCAGUUCACCAAUUCAUUGUUGGCACCAAUGCAAAAGAUGAAUACAAAUACAAGUGUUGGAUAUGUCACAACAGUACUCACUGGGCCAUCUACUAGUACUUCUGUCUUUGAGGCAGCUUCGCCAUCUGUUAAGACUGUGAAUGACAAUAGAAUUGGUCAGAACAUUCCUCAACAGAGUUCUGUGUCUGCUACAAAACCAGUAAUUACUUCUACCAGUGAGGCAGCUCUCUCAUCUUUUAAACCUCUAAGUGACGAUAAAGCAGGUCACAAUAAUCCUCAAGAGAUUUCUGUGCCUUGUAUCAAUCCAGCAAGUACUUCUUCAGGGGAUGCACUUCCAUCAUCUAAUAAAACUGUAAAUGAUCAGAAAGUAGGUGAACAUAAUCAACAACCGAUUUCUGUGCCUGUUUUUGAUCCAAAUACACAAAAUAAUGCUCGUCCUGGGCAGAGAAAAUUGAUACCAAAGGGUAAAAACAUCAUUCCAAAUAUAAAACAUGCUGAUCUGAGCCAGAGGAAAAUAUUACCAAAUGAUAUACACAUACCUGUCUCCAUUCAGUCAAGCAUUGCAACAGAGAUCCCAACUGACAAAGUUUGUGGUUCAAUGGCAACUGAAAGUUUGGAUGGAAAAAAUAUAGUGACUGAUACUCGACCAUCAGUACAAAAAUCUGAUACCAAAGGAAAACAGCAUGCAGAUGAUGUAAAUGAAUAUAAUAAGGAACUGACAGACAAAAGAUCCAGUCAAGAUUUGUUAAAACCUGGUGGCCCUGCAAACAUUCGUUCAAGCAAAAGUACACCACUACAGAAACCGGUGUUCAUUGACUUGACUGAAGAGGAAACCGAGAAUACAAAAAGUAACAGCACAAGUACUACCACGAAUGUAACAGACACUGCCAGCACUCCAUCUUCUGGGGUAUCUUUGCCCAUUGAAAGAAUAAAAGUAAAAGUCAAGCAAACCUUAGGAAAAACAAGUUCUGAUAUUGUGGAACUUCCAUCAGCAACAAGGUUGCCUCACAAAAAAGUUGCUAACUUCACAGGUAAUAGUAAGUCUGCAAAUAAAGCCCUGAUGUGUAUUGAUAAAGUUGUCCGUGUGAGAUCCAGAUUCAGUGACAAGGCUUGGGAAACAACCUCUUUGUUAGUGGUGAAUAAAACCUCAAGGGACAAAGCACAUCCUGUCCUCAUUGAUAUUAAUUCCAAUGAAGAUUGGCUGCCACAUAAGUCUGCUAUAGUCAGUGUUAUUUUACAAAGUACUUUGGAUGAAACCAUAUCUACCAAAGCAGCUGGUUUUACUUUGUUCCUUUACUACAGUGAAAAAACGCGAACAGUUCACCUGAAACCAGGUAACGCUAUGAGUGGAAAGCAUAACGUAAAAACUGUUACCGUGUGGGUAUUCAUACCAAAAUUACCAAUCAAACUUACAAAGACUGUAGAGAAAAAAACUUUUGAUACAAAGAAACCAGUAACUGAUUCCUACACCAAAGAUGAGACUGAUGAUGAUGACUGCAAGAUAAUAGCUGUAUUUAACAAUAAAGCUAAGAACGUUCCAAAAGUUCAUGAUUGCAUAUCACCUGUGGAAGAAAUAAAAGAUCUAGCAAACAUCAAUAAAAAUGAAGAUUGUACGGCUAAACGAUCUGGAUUUGCUAGUGUUGUUGUAAAGUCUGUAAAUAAACAAGAUAAGGAGUCUAUUAGUACCACAUCAGAAUCAACCUCUAAAAAAAUAGAGCAUUCCACUAUUAGCAAAGACUAUAACAACAAGGUCCAUGAGAAAGACACUAAAAGCAAAUAUAUAAGUGAAUUACCCAAGCUUGCUUUGCAAAGAAUGCAAAGCCAUCUAGCAAAGACUAGUAUAAAUGAGACUGACCAAACUAAUGUGCCAGAAAUAUCUUCUUCAAACAAUUCUGAAACCCAGAAAAGUGAACAUAAAGUUGAUGAAGAUGAUGUUGAUGUACAGGACUAUUCAAACCCCUUGAAAAGUUGUGAAGAAAUGAUGGUAGACGACAAAAGAGAUACACAGAUGGCUGAUGAGGUGGAUGUGGAUUUCAAAAUGGAUUUCCAACAUGCUGUUGAGGUGGAGGGUGAGAGCAAGGAGGACAGAAUUGACAUGGAUGGCAAUGAACGUCUAUUUGCUGAUGAGGCAGCAAUGGAUGGGAAAUCAGAUCCCCAACAUUCUAAUGAAAUGGAGAUGGAUGGCAAAGAGGAUCCUCAAGCAGGUGUUGACUCAGAGAUAUAUAGCAUCAAGGAUAUCCAUACUGCUAAUGACUCUGAUAUAGAUGACAUUGUGGAUCCGCUAAUGGCUGAGGAGUCACAAAUGGAUUGUAUUGAAGGUUCUAAAGUUGCUGAUGAAUCUGAGGUAGAUGGUCUAGAGGAUACGGUAAGAGCUGGUGAAAUUGAUGGUCAGUUGGAAGUGGAUGCUAUGGAGGGUACUGAAAGAGUAGAUCAUUUGGAGGGGAAAAGCAUGGAUGAGGCAGAGAUGGAAAGCAUAGAAGACCUACAAACUGCUGAUGGGCCAAGAAUGGAAGGCAAGGCUGAUCCUUCAAUGUUUGAUGAAGCGAUGGUCAAGGAAGUUUCUAAAAUAUCUGAUGGGUCAGAGAUGAAUGGCAUGGAAAAUCUUCAUACUUCCAGUGAGGCAAACAUAGAUAGCAUGCAAGAUGCUCAAACUGGAGAUGGUAACAAGGAAUUUAAUGGAGACCAUAAGUACAGUAAUGAUGGAGUGAACUUGACUACUUUUGACAAACCAUGUGAAAAUGACUUACAUGAGUCAGAGUCACCAGAAGAAACUGAAGACUUGUUGGCUAAAAGUAUCAGAGAAACUUAUGAACAAUGGCACAAGAUCAUAAAUGGACAGAUGUGCAAUGAUUCAGGAACAACAUCCACUGCUAGAAAUGAAUUAAGCAUUGUAACUGAGGAAGAGCAGAAAGAUGUUACUAAUAAAGAUGCAAAUGAAGAGUUUGAGGACUCGCCUAAGACAACAAAUGUGAAAUUUGAAGAAAAUUCCAAUUUUUCUGAACCUGUGUCCAAUAAUAGAAGUAAUAAAGAUGAAUCUGAAGAGCUAGGAAAGGAUGAUAGUGUAGAUAGACUUGAUAUAAAUGCAUCAAAAGUUCUUCCCAUGCACCCAGGAAAAGACAUUAAAGUGUUACCCAAUGACAAUUUUCACCAUCCCAUAUUAUCUGAAGAAUUAAUUAUUGAUAAUGAUAAGAAAUUAACAGACAAAUCUGUUUUAGAUGAUUCUAGUGGAAAUGAUGAUUAUUAUUUUGAUGGUCAUAAACAGUGUAUAGAUGUUCUGCCAGAUGUAUAUGAUUUGAAUUGUGAACUUUCAGUUUCCAAAAAAUCUACAAUUGAAGAUUGUUCUGAAGAACAAAAAUGUCUUGAAGAUAAAUUUUUAAAUGUGAGGAGGAGUGGAAGACCACGUGUACAGUCAUGGAAAUUACUAUCUCAAUCCGAGCCAGACCCUUCAAAAAAUGAUAAAUCCAAAGUGCGUCGCACUGUUAAGAAGAACUUGGUGAAGGACUCUAAGCAGCAAAUAGAAGUUGGUGCUACCAGCAUGAAAUCCAAUAAACAACAAUCCGAGAUGGAUAUGAUAUAUGCUAAAGUGCCAUAUAUUGAAACCCCUAGGACAACGUCAAAACGCAAACGUAAGGACCUUGGAGUUCAGCAAGGAACUCUUGACCAACAGUUGCAGAGACUUGUUGCUGAAGAUCAGUUUGAACAGAAACAGGGACGUUCAAAAGGGUACAAGAAAUUUACAAAUAGGCAGCAGCCAUCUAUUGUAGAUGAAUGGCGAAUAACAGAUGAGGAGUUGGGGAUUGAUGUGGCUCCGUUUAAGGAAAAUGCCGCUUACGAAGAUGAAUUUAUUGAUGUUGAGGGGAACUAUGAGGUCCAGGACAUUGAGGCAACAAGCAAUAUGUCGGACUACCACGUAACAGAGAAACCCAAGAAAGGAAAGUCUAAUGCUGCAUCAUGGAAACCUCCAUCAAGAAAUCUUAUAUGUGACCUUGCUUCAAAGACUCUACACCCACCAUCCUCAUCUCCGGCAGAGAGGCGCAAGAAAGGUGCUGUCAAAGGAACAUUUCAUGACAUUAGCCAGUUUCUUGGUGAACCUCAGUUUACAGAGUCGGUGGUUGCCUGCUUGGAAAAUGAGGAACAGCAACCAGGAAGACUUGUGCAUAACAUUAAAGAACGUAGGCGACGACAAGAUCAAUCCACAAGGUUUCGAGCUCUAAGGGAUGUAUUGUUUACAAACCCAAGCCAUUCAUCUAAAAUUGAUAUUCUUACAAAGGCUAUCAAGGAGAUUCAGACUGUGAGAGAUGAGGCUUCUGUAUUGAUACGCACAAAAUCAAUACUGAUCGAACAGAAUAACCUUCUCAAGAAAAGGUUACGUUCCUUAGGUGUAACGCCAGAAGAUUUAAUAAAUAUUGGUGAUUUUGGACAUGACACUGAAGAUGGUUUUCAAUCGGUAUCAUCCGCUGAAGAUGUAUGUAGUCUUGGUUCAAUGACAGAGAACUAUAAUUCGAUUGCGAACCCAGACCUAUGUAGUCUUGAUUCGCUAUCAGAUUAAAUAUCUCUCCCUGCUUAUAGCUGGGAACUCACUGCUCACGACGGUCGUCGGCCAACAUGAAAUUAUGGAGAACGCAGUGCCAUGAUGUGUGCGCACCACAUCCUUUUUUAUGAAUAUCAGCCCAGAUGGCCACUGACAAUCUGCAGAUGGCGUCCCACUGUCGAGCGCAUACAGUGAGCUUAGUUGAUUCGUCAUACAAUGCAGUGAGCAACCAGGUUAACCUGAGCAGUACACAUUUUUAAAUGUUAACACUGGUAACCAAGUUUCCAAGUUUCUUUUAAAGUAACUAAAGACUUUUUUAGGUUUAUCUGGUUUUGGAAAAGAUAUUUACUAGUUAUUUGCCAAAUGCAUUACUGUAUUUAUUAUUUAAUUUAUUUUUAUAAAAAUGGUUCCUUUUUUUUUUUUUUUCAUUACAUAAUAAACUAUUAACCGUUCAUUUAAACUGAAGAUCAUACAUAUUAAAGAUUUUAAAAUAUUGCAAAAUAAUAUCUUGGCUCAUUUACUGCCAUGAACGAGAAUAA